UCGGCGGGGCUGCGGCGCCGUGGCGGGGGCGGUGGGGACAAGAUGGCGGUGGCGGGGCGCGGGGCCGCGGCCGUGAAGCCCAUCUUCAGCCGCGACCUGGGCGAGGCCAAGCGGCGAGUGCGGGAGCUGUACCGGGCCUGGUACCGCGAGGUGCCCAACACGGUGCACCUCUACCAGCUGGACAUCACCGUCAGGCAGGCGCGGGACAAGCUGCGGGAGCUCUUCGUGAAGAACGCCCACGUCACGGACCCGCGGGUGAUCGACAUGCUGGUGAUCAAGGGAAAAAUGGAUCUUCAAGAAACCAUUCACGUAUGGAAGCAGAAGACUCACGUCAUGAGGUAUUUCCAUGAGACGGAAACCCCACGGCCUAAAGACUUUAUGUCCAAAUUCUAUGCGGGCCACGACCCAUGAGACAGCCUGACUCUGUGUCUUCCUGUCCUGUACUACAAAUAAAGUUCUAUAUAACAGAAAAAAUCUGUACAGACAGACUGUAUAGCAGCCUAGGUGCCUAACGACUAAAUCUGAACCCAGCGUGUGCACAAGUCAUUAAUGAUCUCUAUGCAGAGCUGUGAUUUAGUUUUUGCCAGCGCAUAUUUUCAGUGGGUAGAGUUUGUCUCAUCAUUUUUCUUGAGUGUCUGCUGAAAAACCACAGCACAACUGGGCUGUGGAGCUGUCUGCUCAGCCUGCACCCUGCACGUGGGUGGGAGCUCCUUGGAAAAAAGAGCAGGCAAGAGUGGGCCUUUGGAAAAGCUGUUGUAGUUGCAGAGGUUUUGUGCUUGAGGUCCAUAUGUGUUCCUGCAGUGUUCACAAUUUCAUGCCAUGACUGUGUUGACCUUGUUUUUCACUUUGACACUAUUCUCUGUUUACUUCUAGCAGAGAAUGGCUUACAAUCCAAUAGGCCAAUAAAGCCCUUUGUACAGUGAA